AUGGAAGACGCGUUGGAACCAAUCCAUUUCCAGGUAUUUGUGUGCAAGGAAGAAAAAAUAUCCAAGAGAUGUUUGAACGAAACUACUCCAUCUGAUCUCGGUGAAGUGAAAUUCGAAAAUCUGGAGGAAUACGGUAUUGCAUUUCUGGUUUUAUAA